AUGGGUAAAUCGUUACCUCUACAUAACUCUUGCGCAUCACUGCCUGGAGAUCGUGCAGUGAAAGGAUGUUGCUGCGAUUACAAGAACAGCUGCAACGUCGAGCAAGCCAACAUCACAAACAUCAAUAUCCCAGUCCCAGCUCCAAGCAACGAAUUCCCUAUCUCUUGCUGGACCGGAAUCUACGUGAACGGAAAUGCCAUCACAAGUGCUGGAUUCCAAUCCUGCUAUGGAGAAUGCGCCAGUGUAACACUUCAAACUACCAUGAACAAUACACAAGCCAACGCCACAAUCUACAUGUGCGAUCCAACCUCUGUCUGUCGAGGACUCAAUAUGAGCAACACGUGCGCUACCGUAGAGACAGGACUUUCUGGAUGCUGCUGUAAUGAUGAUGCUUGCCUUACGCCAACCAGGUCACCUGCAAACAAUCCACUAAUGUGCUACGUUGGACUCAACGCUCCCAAUGCCGGUAUCAAUGUGGGAGCCAUAACGCCGUGCAUGGGUAUGUGCUCUACUCUUAAUGGUAUCGUCAACGGCGACAAUAUUACCACCUUCCAAUGUGCGUCAACCAGCAUUUGCAAGUCGCUCGCAGCCUACAAUGGUUGCAACUCGUUAGCAGGAGAUCGUGCUGUUAGUGGAUGCUGUUGCGACACACCAAACUGUAACAUCGCAAGCAGACCUGAUAUACCAUUGCCAACACCUUCACCAGUGUCGGAGUAUCCAAUCUCUUGCUGGACUGGUAUGUAUGUUGACGGCAAUCCAAUCUCUAACGCUGGAUACACUACUUGCUUCGGCGAUUGCGCUUCCGUAACUCUUAACACCACCAUGAAUAAUCAAUCGCACACAGCUUCUCUGUAUAUGUGUGAUCCAACAUCAGUCUGCAGAGCACUCAAUAUGUCCAAUCAGUGCGCCACCGUAGAGCCAGGUCUUGGCGGAUGCUGUUGUAACACUGACGCCUGCCUAAAUCCACUCACCAAUACAUUCCCAGGAACUGACCUUAUCUGCUACGUUGGAAUCUAUCACGCACCCGGAUACUACGUCGGAUCAGAGAUGGUAUGCAACGGCAAAUGCGCUUCUCUUCAAACCACUUUGGCUGGAAACAUGCUGAAGUCCUACCAUUGCGCUCCUACUUCAGUCUGCAAGGCUUUAACUGUCGACAACAGCUGCGGUCCCGUCUACAAAGAUGCCGAUGUAACAGCUUGCUGUUGUGACUAUGCCAACAACUGUAAUGUGAAAGAGCCCAUUCAGACUAACACCACGGCACCAGCGUUCACUGGCACCCCUAUUGCCUGCCAGUCCGGCAUCUACGUUGAUGGUUCAGCUAUCACGACUGACAACACAUUCGUCGCGUGCAAAGGACAAUGCGCCAAGCUCUCCUAUGCCACCAACGUCACUGGAGUCUCACAUGUCCUUGACAUAUACGCAUGCGAUCCCGUUAGUGUAUGCGCAGGAUUAGGAAUGGCAGACAGCUGUGUUUCCUCCAUCAACGGCACUAGUGUAUCCGGAUGCUGUUGUGGAUACGAUGGAUGUAUCACACCUUCCGUUACUCCCACACCAUCAGGAGGAUCAACAUCGUUCACUUUCAUCGCUUUCAUCGCAGCUGUAUAUACACUAUUAAGGCAGUAG